CGCCCCCGGCCCCGGCCCCGAGCCCGCCUCGCCCCGCGGACCCCCGAAGACCCCCCGAGGACCCCCAAGGCGCCGCCCCGACAAACCCACCGAGCGCGCGCGCCCGCCCGCCCGGCCCCAAGCGGCGCGAUGAAUGAUUUUGGACUCAAGAACAUGGACCAGGUGGCCCCGGUGGCCAACAGUUACAGGGGAACCCUCAAGCGCCAGCCCGCUUUCGACACCUACGACGGCUCCCUGUUCACACUCUUCCCCUCGCUGAGCGAGGAGCAGGCCCUGCAGGAGGUGCCCACGGGACUGGACUCCAUUUCUCACGACACGGCCAGCUGUGAACUGCCACUACUCACGCCAUGCAGCAAGGCGGUGAUGAGCCAGGCCCUGAAGGCCACCUUCAGCGGCUUCCACAAGGAGCAGCGUCGCCUGGGCAUCCCCACCAACCCCUGGCUGUGGACCGAGCAACAGGUCUGCCAGUGGCUCCUCUGGGCCACCAACGAGUUCAGCCUGGUGGAUGUCAACAUGCAGAGGCUGGGCAUGAGCGGCCAGGCGCUGUGCACCCUGGGCAAGGAGCGCUUCCUGGAGCUGGCACCCGACUUCGUGGGCGACAUUCUCUGGGAGCACCUGGAACAGAUGCUCAAAGAAAACCAAGAAAAAACCGAGGACCCGUAUGAGGAGAACUCCCACCUCAACGCCGUGCCUCCCUGGAUCAGCAGCAACUCCUUAGGCUUCAGCUCAGAGCACGCGCCUUAUGCCAUGCCGCUGCAGCCGCAGGCGUACCCCAAGGCCGGCCUCCUGGACAGCCUGUGUGCGCCCAGCACGCUCCCCUCCGAGCCCGAGUUCCCCGUGCUCCCCAAGUCGCGCCUCAGCACAGUCAGCGUCAACUACUGCCCCCCGGGACAGGACUUUGCGGCCAGCAAUCUUGGCCUGCUGCCGAACGGGACCGGAGGGAAGCCGAGGGAGCGCGAGGUGGCAGAGAGCGGCGGCGGGGACAGCUUCGAGAGCUCAGACUCGCUGCUGCAGUCCUGGAACAGCCAGUCCUCCCUGCUGGACGUCCAGCGGGUGCCCUCGUUCGAGAGCUUCGAGGACGACUGCGGGCAGUCCCUCUGUCUCAGCAAGCCGACCAUGUCCUUCAAGGAUUACAUCCAAGAGUGCAGUGACCCAGCGGAGCAAGGCAAACCGGUCAUACCGGCGGCCGUGCUGGCCGGCUUCACGGGCAGUGGACCCAUUCAGCUGUGGCAGUUCCUGCUGGAGCUCCUCUCGGACAAGUCCUGCCAGUCCUUUAUCAGCUGGACCGGGGACGGGUGGGAGUUCAAGCUGGCUGACCCCGACGAGGUGGCCCGCCGUUGGGGCCGGAGGAAAAACAAGCCCAAGAUGAACUACGAGAAGCUGAGCCGCGGCCUGCGCUACUACUACGACAAGAACAUCAUCCACAAGACGUCGGGCAAGCGCUACGUGUACCGCUUCGUGUGUGACCUGCAGAACCUGCUGGGCUUCACGCCCGAGGAGCUGCACGCCAUCCUGGGCGUCCAGCCCGACACGGAGGACUGAGGCUGCGGCUCAGCCACCCCGGCCCACUGCUCCGGGACCCUGCCCGGCCAGGAAGGCCUCCAGCAGCAGUGGCCUGACUCCUCCUGAUCCGCCCGAGCUUUCCGUAGCCGCUGGCCCCGCAGGGAGCCCGGCUGCGGGGUGGGGGGGCGGCUGCAGCCCCCUUGGGCCGGCCCCGGCCGGCGAGUGUGACCGAUGAUGGCCUUCUGCGCUCUGGAGUCACGGGGCAGAGGCGUCUCGGCGCGAGGGGGGCUCCUCCAGGCACCGAGAGACGGUGAUGCUGUUUCAGAGAUCUUGCUUGUACAUAGUCUUGUAAUCUUGUCGUUUGAUAUCAGAGUCCUCUAACCAUCCUAUUUAACAGAAAGUGUAUAUUGUAAUUUAAAGUAAUUAUAUAAUGGCGGGGCCGGAGCGCGGAGGGCACUUCUGUAGACCCCCACUGUGGCCCCCCCCUUGUCACAUGGGCGGGAACGCGGUCCGGAGAUGCUCCCCACUCUGCCCCAGUUCCUUGCCCCGGCCACAGUUCCUCCAGCAAGAACUGUGUCCAUGGGGAGGAUUUUUAUAAGAAAUGUAAUAUUAUUGUGUGUGGGGGGGAGACUUCCCUCUCCCCCCCACCCCCGCCAUUCUUCCCUCUCCUUGUUGAUGUCAAAGCUAUGGAACAGUAUUUUUCUUGACAAAUGGCAUCUGUUUUCCAUUUCUAUGCAUGCCUUGAAGUCGGUUUUUACACAAAACUUAUUUUUUAGUUCGACUGUGUUUGCCCAAGCCCUUUCCCUUACUCCCCACACCACCAGCCCUUCCUUCCUUCUUUCCUUCCUUCCCCUCCCCAGAUUCCUCUAUAUGGUUAAAAUAAGAGUACUAUUUUUGGAAAUAUGUGACUCCUUUUCAGAGAUCAGGAGGGAUUUAUGUAGCAGCUAUUUUUACUGCAAAAGUAAUUCACUGGAAAAAAAAAUGUAAUUUGUAAGAAAGCUUUAUUUUUAUCGAGGCUCCAUGUAAAGUGAA